AUGAGAGGCGAGCCCACCCCUGUGUGGGACUCAGGGAACACCACCGUUUGGGAGGAGUACCUUGACGUUGUCCUUGUAGCGGCAAACUGCUUGGUCCUGUUGAUCACUUCUGUCGUGGGGGUUGCGGCCAACACUUUUGUCAUCCUGGCAGUGUGUCACCAAAAGUCACUGCAAACUUCUGUCAACGCUCUGGUGGUGAAUCUUGCUGUUGUGGACUUCCUGCGUUGUGUAAUUGACUGUCCUGUUCUGCUGAACAUCAUCACAACGGUCCAUGAAAGAGGACGAGUGCACAGUUUGGUGUGUGACACACAAAUGGCCUCUUUCUCUUUCAGCUGCUGCGUCCAGUUGUCGACGUUGGCGUGCAUAAGUGUAGAGAGGUACCAGGCUAUUGCCAAACCCUUUGAAACCAAACAACGUAAGAAACGAGUCAGGACAUUGAUUCCUCUCACGUGGACCUUAGCCAUUCUGCUGGCAGCUUUUUGUCAGAUUUUUCUGAGAGACUCACCUGUGUACGUAAGAUGCCAAGGAUGGCCAAGAGGAACAUCCCUUUCCUAUGACACCAAUGGACUUUACGUGCUGCUCCCGCUGUGGGCAGCUUGUUUCAGUCUCAUCACUGGAUUCUACAUGCGCAUUUUUGCUUUGGUAAGAUCUCACAACCGCAAAAUAUUUGACAAAGGUAUUUCUGCUCCCAACAAGGACUUGGCGGAAGAUAAGCAAAACAGAGGAAGCACUGUGGUGGAAAAUUGCCACGAUCCAAAUAAUGACGCUAUAAAGUUGGAAGGCGCUGUUUGCGUUAUGCCUUCAAAAGCAAACAAAGAAAGAGUGAGGAAAAGAAAAGAAAGUACAAUGGCCAAGCGUGCUGGAUACAUAAUCAUAACCUUCUUGUUGUUCUGGCUUCCUCUGCUCACGAGCAUCCUGGGUAACUUUGUGGUCCACAAAAACAGGACUCCACAGAAGCUGAUCUUUCAAGACCUGGACAUCCUGUCAGUGUCUGUGACCUGCGUCACUUCACUGAGUGACCCCAUCAUAUACGCUGCAGUCAACCCUCAGUUUCGCUCCGAGUUCUACAAGCUGAAGAGUUGGGUUAAAUCAAGAUUCACAAAGACUUAA